AUGGCCGCAAAGACGUCAAAGGUGGAGCGAACAACCAUCGCGGGGUCAAUCGAGAUACCCCGCAUCCUCAACGGCCUCUGGCAGCUCGCCGGCGGCCACGACCAGGACGUCGACGUCGCGGCCGCCGCAAAGGCGAUGAAGCCGCUCAUCGACGCCGGGCUGGACGCCUUCGACAUGGCAGACCACUACGGCCCCGCCGAGCUCGUCCUUGGGGAGCACGCCCGCACCGCCGACCGCCCCGUCACGGCGUUUACAAAAUGGUGUCCGCCCGAGACCGGAGAUAAGUCCUUCGCAACCGCCGAGGCGGCCGUCGACCUCGCGCUGGCGCGGAUGGGCGCGGCGCAGAUCGCGCUGAUGCAGUACCACGUGUGGGACUACACGGACGACACGUACCUGGUCAACCUGGCGCACCUGCGGACGCUGCAGGCGCGGGGGAAGAUUGCGCAUGUCGGGCUGACGAACGUGGAUACCGCGCAUCUGGAGAUGUUGCUGGAUUCAGGGUAUGAGGUUGUCUCGAACCAGGUGUCGGUGUCGGUGGUUGAUUUGAGAGUUGUGAAGGGGAGGAUGGGCCGGGUGUGUGAGGAGCGAGGGGUGGGUUUGCUUGCGUAUGGGACGCUGCUGGGCGGGUUCUUGGGGGAGAGGUGGGUUGGCGUGGAGGAGCCGAAGGAGGAGGGGUUGAAUUGGAGUUUGAGGAAGUAUUUGCGGUUUAUUCAGGUUGCUGGUGGAUGGGAGGCUUUUCAAGGGGUCCUUGGGGCGGUAGCUGGUGUCGCGAAGAAGCAUGGUGUUUCGGUUGCUGCUGUUGCGAUGAGGUGGGUGUUGGAUGUUCCGGCUGUGAAGGCUGUCAUCAUCGGGGCGAGGCUGUCUGAGCAGAGCUGGGAGUAUGCCCAGAAGAACGUCGAGGCGUUCGGGUUCAAACUUGAUGAGGAGGAUCGGGCUGCGAUUGCAAAGGCGCAGGAGGGUUUGAAGGAUAUACCGGGCGACUGCGGGGACGAAUACCGACGGCCGCCGUUCAUGACAGCUUCUGGAGACCUGAGUGACCACAUCAAGGAGAGCAAUGAGAUGCAAAAGGUGGAGGAGGCCAUCGCCAUGGGGAAGAGGGUGGAGUUUCACUCGGGGAGCAAGUGGGAGCCGAUCUGUGGCUACUCUCGCGCGGUGAGGUUUGGAAAUGUCAUUAGGGUGUCGGGCACGACGGCGAAUCCACCGCAAGAGCUGCAAGGCCAGCUUGGUGUAGUUGGAGGAAAGUCUGCAAAGUCGCAGGCUGUUGCGGCGCUUGAUAUCAUUGAGAGGGCCGUGAGACGACUUGGGGGGAGCAUGGCGGAUGUGGUGCGGACGAGGGUGAUGCUUCAGCGGGAGGAAGACGUUGAGGGUGUUUCGGCGGCACAUGGAUGGGUUUUCAACUGUCGAGGGGUCUGGCCUGCGAACACAACAACUACGGCUGGGCUGAUUGGAGACGAGGUUCUGGUUGAGAUUGAGGCCGAGGCGGUCGUUGGGAGUGGAAAGUCUGUCGUGGCCAUUUCAUGA